GUAAAGUGUCCACGAGGCAACCCGCUCCAUACUUCAAUCAACACAAGACCUCGGGACAGCCGUCAAAGAACCAUCUCGUCAAGAAAAAUGGCAACUUUGGUGCAACAGUUAAGACAUUUGAUAGUUGCGAUGACCCUUUGGGUAUCACUAGCUCACGCUCUUCCAUUAAGCGACCAACAGAUGGACGACACUGGCCUGGUUCAUUCAGAAAGAGAUGCUCCUUCAAAUGCGUUGGGUGAUAUUCUACUGAACAAACUGAGAUUCCGCGACCUGUCUUCAGAAAGCGCACCUAUUGGUCUGAUGUACUACCUUGAGAAGCACUAUCCAUACCUUAGCAACAGUGGACUAAGUGCAGCAAACAAAAUAACUGGUAAAGGAAAUCCUAGAAUAUUUAAAAGAAAUGGAAGACAGAUGGUCACUAAACGCCGAUUCACAAACUCAUUGACCAUGUCAAGUCUAGCCGAUCUUCUAUCAAGCAUGCGUCACCAUAAGGCAAUACACAGAGGAAUUGAUCAAGCCCGGUUAUACCUUCAACCAAAUUUAAGGUUCGGGUAACGAUACCAAAGAAGCUCACUACGCCAAUGGGACAUUAAGGAAGUCGCACAUGGACUCACACGCUGCCAAUAGACAGGCUCAAAUAUUGAAUCGGAUGGACUGGUGCCAUAUUCAUAAACAGUUUGGUCCAUUGAGGAACAUUAUCACUGUAUUUCGUUUUCAUUUUACUGAUUCAGUAUUAUAUAAUAGGAAUAGCAUGCUAGUCACAGUGAUACUUCGCUCUGACAUCAUUGCGAUUGAUACAAUUACAUUGUAUUAGUAAAACUGCAAUUGCGAUUCAUUCAUUCACAUUGCAUUAAUUAACAGUAUGGACCCGGGAGUAUAGAUAAAAUAUUCAGGUCCAACAUGUAAUGAUAUAAUUUCCCAAUGAACGUAUAUGUUUAACGGUGCUUGGUUAUCAAUCUCGGUAUUUUGUAAACUAUUAAUAGUGAUUUGAUGACCACAAGCAGGUUAUUUAUAAGAGUAGGACUUCAAUAAAAAGAAAGCAAAUAUUAGCAUGUAAUUUGAUUAUGAUAUGGUUAUUCACAUGGUAACAUUCAGAGUAAACAUAACCACAAACAUGUAGACCCGGGCAUGUAGAAGUAUGUCAAAGGCCAUUCUGACACUCAUAGCAUCUUUCUGUUUCACCUGAAACAUGAUUUUAAGGCUGAGAAGAAAUCAGAUGUCAUGGU